AUGUCCUACAGCGACGAAUACGAUAACGCUUCCGACCUCGCCGAGAUUGUAGGAGAUCCCGGACACGGCGUCAACUUUGGAGAUGGCGCUGGGAGUGGCCAAGGCAAUGAUAAGACGGUUAGGCGGAGGAGCAGUAAAGCCUGCGACCAAUGUCGUAAAUCCAAGUGUAAAUGCGAGCGGUCUGGUCCCAACGAGCCUUGCAAGAGCUGUAUUCUUCUUGGAACUCGCCCGUCGCGGAAACGCGGCCCGCCCAAAGGAUACAUUGACGCUAUCGAGGCCCGCCUUCACCAGACCGAAGCUCUCGUCGGCAUAAUGUUGGCGACAAAGGACCCUCGCGCUCGGUCUCUUCUCGAGGACAUGGCAAAGGAUCCACUCGGUCGGGAAAUUAUCAACCGUGUCGAUAAUUCGCCCUAUGGCGUCAAAGGCCGAAAGCGAGACGGUAAUCCAGCUGGUACCAAAGCUCGUCCAGGCGGAAAUUCCGGCUCGGAAUCAGCCACUCCAGAUGGGACAGGAAAGAUUGACCUGACUUCAACGCAUCCAUCCAACGAAUGGCAAGAUCGCGUCGUCGCGAUGCUCGACUCUGCGGCGGGCGUCGAGACAGUAGUUUCCAUGGACUCUGAGAACGACAGCGCCAAGCCUACCGAAGAGCAGAAGGAAGCAAGCGCGAGCGCCAGUGGAUCCAAAGUCAAAUCGCCAUUGCUGCGGAUUGACCCCAACCGCCCAGCAUCCACAGAGACGCAGUCUAGCGACGACAAUCAAUCACCUGGUCGGCGUCAAAGGAGAAGGAUAGGCGAGCAUGAAUUCUCGUCCAACGGGUUACCCUAUCCUUCAUCAGCCAACGCAUCUGCUGCUUCCCUCGUUCUUGGCCCAAACUCCGUUAGGAGACGAGGCCGUGGGUACUCUCACACAUACUCUUCGUUGAGUCCCGUGAAUCCCAUUGUUGGUGACCGGAGAAGCUCAAGUGUCGACAGCCUCAGCUCUGACAGUGAAGACGAGUUGGCGGGUGCCGUGGGCCAGCUCAGUCUGAAUGAAGACGAGCAGGUGCGAUAUCACGGCAAGGCCAGUGGUCUUCACAUCCUCAACGACAAGGAGCGUGUGGAUGGCCGUAACGAAGGUGGCAUUUGGCGUUUCCCUAAAGCAAGGGUUUGGCCCCUUGCAGCUCCUAACUCCUCCGCAACACUUGAAGAAGAGGCGCUUGCUUCAUACCUCCCCAGCGAGGCAGUUCAAGAGCGUCUCCUCAAUCUCUACUUCCGCUUCAUUCACUCCGCCUUCCCAGUCAUUCACAAACGAGCCUUCUUCGAGGCGCACAGAAAGGGCCACCAAAAUUCUUCCAUUACCCUUUCUGAUUCGGAAAAUUCUGAGGGAGCUCUCUCUCAUCGCCGUCGUCAGCGGGUACCGACUUUACUGCUCUUGACAAUGUUCUCGCUCGCUGCACGCUACGACGAGACGACACCCCUUCCUCCAGAUCCAUCCCUGAUGUGGUCGGCUGGGGACGAGUAUCUGGACAAGGCCAAGCUCAUCCUUGACAAGGUCUAUUCAAGCUCCCGUCCGUCCACAUGUCAGGCUUUGCUUCUCAUGGGCUACCGAGAAGUUGGUAUUGGAGCUAUGGCACAGGCUUGGACCUAUAUCGGGAUGGCGAUUCGGAUGGCCCAGGAUCUCGGAAUGCACCGAAGCGCUGAUGGUUGGGCAAGGGUUGUCCUCGGUGGCCGACUGUUCAAUGAGUGGGAGCUCCAGGAGCGCAAGCGCAUCUGGUAUGGCUGCGUUAUCAUGGACAAAUACGUCUCCACGUAUAUCGGCAGGCCUUUGAUGAUCUUCGAGCGCGAUUUUGACACACCUUUGCCCAGCGAGGAUGAUCCCGAGGAAAUGGAGGACUGGCCAGUCAGAAUUCCGCAAGAAAACCCUAAUCCCAUCCCUUGCCACAGAAUCUCGUGCUUCAACGCCUCCUCCAUUCUAUCCGGUAUUCUGAGUACCAUCGUCCAGGCCAUCUAUGCUGUGAGACCAGUCUCAAGUCGCCACGCAGAGGCUCUGGUUUUGGAAGGCAUACUCGAUAAAUGGUAUCUGGAGCUUCCGGAGCAUCUCCGCUAUGAUUCCACUGCGACGAACAAACAAACACCAUUACCACACAUCCUUACACUCCAUAUGCAAUACUGUAUCCGCCCAGUGUACAAUGCAAAGCAAAAGGGAGACGGUUCCGAGGAUCCUGAGGCUCUCAACAUCGCCACAAAGAGCUACGAGCUCUGUGCGGGUGCGGCGAAUCAUAUCACCUCAAUUAUCACUGCCUACGCAGAGAAAUAUCCGCUAAACCGAUGCUCCGUGUUCCUCUGCUACUACCUCUUCACCGCCAGCAUCAUGCAUAUCACUACCCUCACGACCCACCCUUCUGAUCCUCAAGCCCCUCUCGGACUUAAGAAAUGCAUGGAUGCACUCGAGAUGAUUGAGACUGUCUGGCCAAGUGCAGCUCGUGCGCUUGAGCUUCUUCGUGGUGCCAAAGUCAAUCUCCAGGGGUCUGAGAUCGUAGCUCAACCACAAGGUUCUGCACGUCCGAAGCGUGCUGCACCUCAGCCGCUGGACGACACCGCUCAUCUCAAUGGCAGAUACUUCAACCCUCCUGCCGAUGACCCACCCUCGACCCGCCCCCAUAGUCUUGGAACUAACUAUAUCUACCCCACAACCGCCUCUUUUGCUCCCCACACUCCGUCCACUAACCAUCAGUCGCAUAAUCCUGCGUCGGUCCUCAGUCCUUUGAGCGCCCCCUCUCCCACAGCAAACUACCGAUGGCAUUCCGAGGAUUUCCAUUCACAUCAUUCCUUCAACAAUAAUGCCCCGCUGUCUACCUCAGUCCUUCCACAGCUGUACAGCACCGGAUUUGGUGACGAUCGAGCACACGUACCAUCAUCCACUCGUGUUCAGUCUCAUGGAGACCAAAACGGACAGGCGUCAUCCAACCGAUACCCACAGUAUUGGAACGACUAUUCGACUUUUCCUCAACUCGGACAGGCAUACACGGGACUCUCAGACCAACCCAAUUCCACUUCCCAUCAGCCGCUGAGCCCACAUAUGUAUAUGCAGGAACACUAUAACCUCUAUAAUACCCAGCCAUUUCCGGAUCGCUAAGCUAUCUUGCAAGUGAAGCUAAAAAAGGUCUUCACGAUAUUCCUUUCAUCUUAUUCAUUUUCUCUGGGACAAUGUUGCUUCAUCUUCGCUUCUGCUCCUACUCUCGAUAUUUAUUCGGCACUAAAUGUUUGAUGUAUCGCUUAGCUUUCCCGUUUGGUCUUGAUCGAAAAGUCAAUUGCUAUCCGCUCUCCUGUGUCCAAUGGCCAUUCCUUCUCCCUCUCAUUGAUGAUCAAUCACGCAUAUUCCUUGCCUAGUAGUCAGUUCUUUCUGCACGAUUCCCCUUCACUUACUAUUCGAUGUAGCGGUAUUCCAAAUUCACACUUAUUCUACUUCAUUUACGAUCCAGGUUAUCCUUGAUUUCUUGUUUCUCAAAAAACGUACAUACUGCUUCCCCCUAGCAUAAUCGAUCCCCAUAGAAUACUCCGCCCGCGUUGGCACCGUAAUGAAUACCCCGGAAUGGGCUUUUUAAC